GACACGUUGUGUGAAUGUCCUCUGGAUAUCUUCAUUACAAACGUUAUCUUUUAACAUGUGGCUCCUGUUAUAUUCUUCAUCAAUUUGUUUUGUUAUUUGCACUAGUUACCCUAUAGAUUUUAGUUUCAAAUCGCCGAUAAGGCUAGGUGGUUCAACUAUGAGUGGUUUCGUCACGAGUGUCCUUCAUCAGGCGUUUACCCAUCUGUGUAGCUGCUUUGGCGUUGAAGUCAAUUAUGUUUGGAACCUUGAGAAGAAUCUGGCGGCUCUAGAGGACACCAUGAAGGUACUCAGAGCAAGGCGAGCGGAUGUGUUGACAAAGGUGCAGAGGCAAGAAUGCGAGGGUCUACAAAGGCUUAACGAAGUUGAGGUAUGGCUUACGAGUGUUGAGGAUAUCCAAAACCAAGUCUAUGAGCUGCUUCUUCCUAGUAGAGAUGAACUUGAAAGGUUAAGUCUUUGUACGAAAAACUUGAGCUCAAGUCAUAGCUACGGGAAAAGGGUUUUGGAGAUGUUGAAAGAAGUUGAAGAUGUACAAUCUAAAGGAGUAUUUGGAGUGGUGGCUGGGCCACCUACGAAUGCGAGAGCUGAGGAAGUGGAGAUGCCUUUACCACCGACAAUUGUUGGACAAGAAAAGAUGCUCGAAAAGGCAUGGAAGCACCUCAUGGAUACUGGAACAGAAGUUAUGGGCCUCUACGGUAUGGGUGGAGUUCUGGAACGGAUCAACAUCAAAUUUCUUGAGCACCCAGUUGACGGGGUCGAUAUUGUCAUCUUUGUUGUGGUGUCCAACGAACUGCGGGUUGAGAUUAUUCAAGAUGUGAUUGCUGAGAAUCUAGGAUUUCGUGGGGAGGAGUGGAGUAGAAAAACGAAAAGAGAGAAAGCACUUGUUCUGCACACUUCCUUGAAGAAGAUGAGAUUUGUUUUGUUAUUGGAUGACAUUUGGAAGGAAGUUGAUUUAAACGAAAUUGGAGUCCCAUUUCCGACAAGGGCAAAUGGAUGCAAAGUAGUAUUCACCACUCGUUUUAGGGAAGUAUGUGGUCAGAUGGGGGUUGAUGAUCCGAUGGAAGUGAAGUGUUUGGAGUCCAAAGAAGCUUGGGAUUUGUUCCGUGCUAAAGUUGGGAAAAUCACAUUAGAAAGCCACCCAGAUAUUCUUGAGCUCGCGUGUCAAGUUGCAGGAAAAUGUCGUGGUUUACCGUUGGCGCUGAACAUCAUUGGAGAAAAUAUGGCGUCUAAGAGGACGGUGGAAGAAUGGGAGCAAGCAGUCGACACUCUUGCUUCUUCUGCUGCGGAUUUUCCAGGUAUGGAAGACCACAUUCUUCCAGUCUUGAAGUAUAGCUACGAUAGCCUCAAGGGUGAGCAUGUCAAGUCUUGUUUUCUAUACUGCGCUCUAUUUCCAGAAGAUUUUGCAAUAGAAAAGGAGAAGUUGAUAGAUUACUGGAUAUGCGAAGGAUUCAUAGAUGAAAAACAAGGUUUAAACAAGGCAAAAAACCAGGGUUAUGGAAUCAUUGGUACCCUUGUCCAGGCUUGUUUACUGACUGAAGAAGAAGAAUGCGAAUCACAUGUGAGAAUGCAUGAUGUGGUUCGAGAGAUGGCAUUGUGGAUAGCAUCUGAUUUUGGGAAGGAUAAAGACAAAUGUAUCGUGAAAGCUGGUGCUCGUUUACGUCAAGUACCAACGGUGGAGAACUGGAGAUCUGUGAGAAGAAUGUCUUUGAUGGACAACAAGAUUGAAAAUAUAUCUGAGAGUCCCACCUGCCCUGAGCUUACAACUCUGCUCUUCCAAAAAAAUAAUAUUUUGAAUAUCUCAGGUGAAUUCUUCAAGUACAUCCCCAAGUUAGUCGUAUUGGAUCUAUCACAUAAUAAACUUUUCGAUGGAUUUCCGGAGGAAAUAUCAAAGUUGGUCUCCUUGAGAUAUCUCGACUUGUCAUGUAACAGAGGCAUACAACGAUUGUUUAGAGGCUUACUAGAGCUAAAAGAGCUGAUAUAUCUGAAUAUGGAGGGAACGGGACUUACGAGUAUCUCUGGGAUAUCAAAUUUGUCGAGUUUGAGGACACUCCGACUACGAUAUAACAAAAUGUCACGAGAUUCCAACGUAAUUGAGGAACUGCAGCUCUUAAAACAUUUAGAAGUGGUGACCAUAGAGAUCGGGUCAAUUUUGGUUGCAGAACAACUGGUAAAUGGUUACAGAGUAGCGAAUGCUAUUCAAGUGAUAUCAAUUCAUUCUCUUGAGGAGAAAUCAAUAUUGACUCUUCCAGAUAUGCCACUUGUCAGUACACUGGAUAUGUUCAGAAGUGAAAUGGUGGAGAUACACAUCAAGAGGAGAACAUCAUCAUUGAACAAAAGUCCAACAACUCCAAGCUUCCCAGACCUCUCUACAGUGAAUUUACGUGAUUGCCAUGGUCUAAAGGACUUGACAUGGCUUCUGUUCGCACCAAAUCUUAGGGCUCUUGAACUUGAUAGCUUAAAUCAAGUAGAAGAUAUAAUCAUCAAAGAAAAAGCUGCGGAUAUUCUCACAGAGGAGGAGGCAGGUACCAUCAUUCCUUUUCAGAAACUAGAGUUUUUCCAAGUGUAUGGUUUGCCAAAGCUGAAGAGCAUCUACUGGAGUCCUCUCCCUUUCCCACGUUUGAGGGAAUUCAACAUAUAUAAUAGUCCAAAUUUGAGAAAGCUUCCAUUGGAUUCCAGAAGUGGCAGCAGCAUAGAGCUUGCCAUACAUAAUGGAGAACAAUACUAUAGAGAUAAGGUUGAGUGGGAGGACGAAGCAACUAAAGAGCGUUUCCUACGUUGUAUCAAUCCUUCCCUCUAUUGAGCCACAACAGGUUUCCAAAAUUAAGCUGCCUCAACUGUCAUAUUGGUCUGCUGCUCUGUUACGUCCUUUUUCAAAAAAAGUUGGUGGUGUGUUCUAAUCAAUUUAUUUUCCAUAUCUAUUCUAAUAUUCUAUUUUUAUUGUUUGUUUGGUGUGAAUUUCAUCACUCUCAAGAAACUGUACAUAAAAAUUAUCCAGUUAUUGCUUAUAUAUCUGUGUGUUA